CAUUGGUAUUGCAGUAAUUCAAAUUUUAAGACCUAAAGCUUCAUUCAUUAUAUCAUUCGAGGAUAAUCAGUGAUGUUCAAAAUCCAAUACCAGGGGGGACCCUAUGUUGAUGUGUUCAGCGCACAAGGAAGGGAAAAGCUGACAAAAAAAUGCAAAGUAAUAGGAAGCUCAAGUAGUAUUUCUAAAGAAUAUGACAAAGAUGUAAAAAGCUCUGUAUAUAUCCUUAAAGGAGAGCCAACAACAACAAAGUUACAUUUUCCAAAAGAUGAUAAACUUGGGUUGUUUCUUACUCAAAGAUUUAUUGUAUUCCAGCUAUUUACUCCUUUGGGUCAACCAUUUUCUUUUGAGGUCACAAUCACAGACCAUACUCAAAAUAAGAGGCGGAUAUUUUUUUCCUCCAAUCUGAAAGAUGCAUCAGUGACACCUUUGCAUGCUAAAUUUCCACUUAAUUGUAUAAAACAUGGCUUUUGGUUGAAUAUGUGUUUGGACCUUGAGUCACUGGUAAAGAAUACAUUUCAUGGGUCAACAUGUCGUUCACUGGAAGGUUUCACAGUGACAGCCAACUGCCGAUUAAAGAGAGUUUUUACUUUAAGAUCUCCACCAAUGGACAAUUCUGAGUUAGGAGAAACACAAUAUGAUCAUUAUGAAUCGUUGCCAAGGAAUGUACAGUUGAUAACAAGUGGUAGUAUACCAACCAUGACUCAGAUCCUCUCAUACACGACACUGCAAGGCAAGCACAUCAUGACCACACCAAGAAAAGACCAUGAAACAUCACAACAGCUGACACAUAUAGCCUUCGGCAGUAAAGUAGUUAUUCCUUCUCAUGCACGAUUAAACUCAUUAAAAGAAAACAAAGAACCAUGUCAAUCGUCAUGUAAUACUGACACAAUCAACACGACUGAGUUUAAUGAAAGUUCUAAAACACUUGCAAGUUCAGACUGGGAUAUGAAAAAUGGUAUUGUUCUUGGUGUUGAUGUUGCAAUCAAACCAAGACCACCAAAAACAAGUAGUGCUGGAAAGGUGCGUCGUCGACCAUUAAGAGUUAAAUCAAGUGAUACAGUAAAAGAUGUUGAAGAAGAAAAGAAUAAUAAGGAUCAUGUUUCUACUAAAACUGUUUCAAAAAAUGAACCCUGGCACAAAACACUCGAGAAAAAUAUUUUUCCAGAUUGUACAACUUCUGAAAGUGGCCAGGAUAUAGGAAUAAUUGAUAAAAAGUUUUUGGAUAAAGAGAAAUUGGCAGUGAUAAAGAAUUCAGUAAAAAAGUCAACAUCUUCUAACGAAUUAUUUAAUGAUGAAUCAAGUGCUGUAUCAAUCGUGUUGCGAAAAAUGAGCAAUAAUAUGCAGCAAUAUGAAAAUUCUAUGUCAAAUAAAACUCCUCACAUUCCUUUCAAUGUGGAGCAAAACUUACUAUGCCAAGGUUUACAGCAUGAAAAUGUUAUGACUGGAGAAGAAAACAUUUCCUUCAAAACCAAAGUUAGUGAUUCCACUUUAAAUAAGAAAUCACCCGAAGAAAAACCACUUAUUGAGUUUGAUUCAUCUAAUGAAGAGAAAAAGCCAAACUUUGUUGAAAAUGGUACAUUGACCAGUUCACACAAGAAUUUAGCGACAGGCAAUUAUACCCAGAGCAUUCAAGUGCAAAUCGAUUUCAACAAUAAUGAUGGAGUAUCAAAGGAUGCAAAGCCUAAUCGACCAUGCCAACUGCAAUUGGCUAACAAUAAUCCUGUAUUCACAUUUGCUUCAAUACCGCGGUCACCACGGUCAGGUAUGAAGAAAUUCAUGGAUAUGCCACCAGAAGUUACUGUGAGUCUCAUUGAGCCUGAAGGUGAAGAAAAGGCUUAUUCAAAUGAGCGUGGAGUUUCACUUGAGGAUGACUUUUGUUGUCUGUCAGCAGAGGAAGAAAAAGACGAUAGCCUUUCAAUCCAAAAACUGUUAGAGUCUAGUUUUAGCCCACGAUACUCUCCUUUACCAUCCCAUCAUCAUUUGCGGCAAAGUAUUCGUAGUAGUAUGCUAAAGGAGAUUGCUUCACCUGUACAUAAAGAUUUAAGUUAUGAUGCUGAGAACUACCAAUCAUCAGUUGCCUGUAAGCAACAACUGAACCAAUCAACAGCUAGUUCAUGGAGAUUUGACCUAUCCAGCAGCAAUGACAGUGUUAAUCAGACAUGUGAUUGGGAGAACUCCUUGAAUGGGGAUGCAAUGCCGAAGCAUCUUGUUGCAAUCGCAGACAUUCCUCAAAUAGACGAAGUUCAAUCAGAUAGCAGUGAUGAUACAACAUGCAGUACAUGGCGUGCACCACCUCAAGAACUUAAAGGCAACAAAUAUCGAAAUGAAAUGAAGCCACCAGGGAAAGAACCAGACCUUACAGCAACCAUUGACAUGGCACCAAGAGACUCUGAUACAUUGGCUUCGCCAAUCGAAAUGCUUCAGAAGUCACCACUUAAUAUUACAGGUUCAGAUCAAGAAGAAGAGCUAGAUCUUUUGUACGAUCCGUGUUUAAACUGCUACUUUGACCCUAGGACUCAUAAAUACUAUGAAUUAGCUUGAUGUUUUGUUUUUUUUUGUUCCGCAAUCAUUUCAAAUAGUCGAUAAACGAUAACAAAGUAUAAAAGAUGGUUAGAAAAAAUAGUGCAAAUGCCUUGUAUUAUGUUGCUGAUAUUUCCACGCAUGAUUUUCAGUAUACCCGAGAAUGAGAGCUUGGUCAUCUAUGCAAUCCCGUGACCAAGUUAUAAAUUUAUUUUAAAGUAUAUAUCGAUAGUAGGAUCAGCACUCCAUGAUUUUGUGUUUUCUCUCUUCGUCGUAAAAAUAUUUAUAUUUGUAGUUUAUAUUAUUUAUUACUUGAGUUGCUAUUGAAUUAUUCACAAAAAUGACAAAACAAAUUUGCAACGGAUCAAAA